CGAAAGAAAAAUACAACUACGAGCUCUUGUUAUGUGCACUUAUAAUAAAAUAUUAUAAGAGAAAAAACAAAAUGUAUCUUUAAAAUGAUACAUAAAAUUAUCUCUUCAAAUGAAACAAUGUAUAUUUUUCUUAACGUUCUUAACAUUAUCUAUUGUACUAGAUUAUGCUUUUUAUCAUAAAUAAGAUCGAUGACAAAUCUUUUCCUUUCUUGGUUAAACCGGAAUUCACGGCAAUUAACAUUCAUACGUUUCUUUGUAACAUAAUAAGUUAACAGAAUCAAAAUUUGUCUAUGAUGUCACGUUAAAAAUAUUAUUAACAUAUGGACUUUUAAAAAAGGUAUAAAAAUAAUGUCUAUAUAUUUGUGGUCUUUAUGGAUGCGUUCAUAUAUUGUAUUUGUAGAAAAUAAAUUUAGAUAAUGGGGUUAGGCAGUUUUCGAUGGAAGAUAUUGCUGAUUAUUUCUGCAUUCCUACUAUUGUGGCAAUCUUCUAAAUUAUGGUUACUGUUAGCGCAAGAUAAUGUUAUGGGAGAAGAGUCUUGGGAAAGUAAGUCAAUGACAAUGAAGCAGGAAGAUGCAAAAGAAAUAGUUCACAUAGGUGUAUAUUACGAGACGCUUUGUCCCGAUUCUCGAAGUUUUUUUAUAAAGCAUUUGUUGCCUACGUAUAUGAAAUUGAAAGAAAAUGUUAAAGUCACAUUGAUACCGUAUGGAAAAGCUUUGACAACACAAAAUGAUCAUACUUAUGAAUUUAAAUGUCAACAUGGACCAAUCGAAUGUCAAGGGAAUAUGGUACAUGCGUGUACCAUUGAUCUUAUUAAAGAUCAAUCGCUUCUAUUGAAUUACUUGUCUUGCAUGAUUAAAAACAAUAUCGAACCAAUAAAAAUAAUGGAAAGUUGUGCGCAGAAAAUGAACGUGGAUUUUAAUGCCAUUUCCAAAUGUUAUUCAGGAGCUAAAGGAAAAGAACUUUUAGCCAAAUACGGAGAAUUAACAAGUGCACUUAGGCCACAAAUUUCUUUCAUACCUACGAUCUCUCUUAACGAUAGUCUUAAGGACCAGCCUAAAAUCUUGAGAAAUUUAUUCCAAGAAGUAUGUUCAAUAUUUAAAAUCAAACCUAAAGUUUGCCUAUGAUUACAUUUUAUUCAACAUUUAUUUAAUAAUCUACGAGCUUCUUUAUUUCCAUCUAAUUAAUUGAAAAUACAUCUUUACGAAAUAUAUUUUUGAAAAUACUUA